AUGGCUCCAAUCACAGAAAUAAAACAGAACUUUGCUAGCUGGAUGAGCUUCGAGCCGGAGAUCGAGCCAGCCAAGCCGGUCUACGAAGCCAGCUCCUACCAAGAGACCAGCGCCCAAAAGGACUAUGUUGUGAUGGCCAACGGAAAGAAGAUGCCAUUGGUUGGCUUGGGCACAUGGCAAGGCCGUGACCCAGUCGCCUUUAAAGAUGCAUUGAGAUUGGCAUUGGACUCGGGAUAUCGCUACAUUGACACCGCCUACCUGUACUACAACGAGGACCUUAUUGGAGAAGUGCUGGAAGAGUACAUUACCUCAGGCAAAGUAAAGCGAGAAGAGCUGUUUGUAGCCACCAAACUCCCAACUCAAGGCCACAAACCCGAAGAUGUCGAGCACUUCAUCCAGAACUCACUCAAAGCUCUUCGCAUCGACUACAUCGACCUCUACCUGAUGCACAAUGCCUGCGGAAUGGCACACGACGACAAUUACCAACGUAUUGAGAUCGAACCUGGAGUCUACGCCCCCGACCUCACCCCUCACAUCGAAACCUGGAGAAUGUUCGAACGCUACUACAAGAUGGGCAUUCUGAAGGCGAUCGGCGUCUCCAACUUCCGUGCCGACCAACUCCUCGACCUGCACAAGAAGGCCGAGAUCAAGCCUCAGAAUCUGCAGAUCGAGCUACACAUCCACCACCGUCGUCGCGACCUAAUUGCCCUCUGUCGUGAAUUGGAUAUUGUUGUAUCCAGCUAUGCCACUUUGGGAUCACCAGGCCGUCUGGAAGGCUUCCGCAAAGCACCAAUGGGCGAGUGGCCCCAUGCUGACAACCUCAACCACCCAGUCACGCAAGAAUUGGCCAAGAAGUACAACAAAACUCCCGCCCAAAUCCUGCUACGACACAUGGUACAACAGGGCAUCACGGUCAUCCCCAAGAGUACCAACCCCGAGCGCCUGAAGCAAAACUUUUCACUUUUCGACUUCGAACUGAGUGAAGAGGACAUGCAACGGUUCGAUGACAUCAAAGAGGAUGUACGACUGUUUGUGUACCCACAUCUGGUCAAAAGCCCUCACUUCCCACCCUACUAA